AAAAAAGGUUUGGCGUUCUUUCACGGUCUUUGAGGAUUUGGUAUUUAACCAUUACUCCAUGCCCUCACUUCUUCAUUACAUAGUAGGCAUUUUCACUUAAUACCCCGUUCUCGAUUUUGAGUUUCAUUAGUGAUUUCGUACAUCUGGAUUCGGUUAUUCUUUCAAACUCAUUCACUGUUAUACGGAAUCUUUGUGCAAUGGAAUCCAAAAAGAGUAGUGCAGUGGAAAAUGGCGUGAUCAUGUGGAACUUUCUUUUGAAGGAAUUGGACAAUGGUGUUUUGGUUCAGAUUUUUAAGCACUUGGAUAUCUUUGAAUCAACUUCAGCUAUUCAACGUUUUACUGAAGCAUUGACGAAAGCUAGCACUGUCCAACCGGUUUGGGAAACACUUGAUUUCUCCAUGUUGAAAUCUGAAUUUGUGAAGACUCCAUCUGAGCCAUUUGUUUGGGUCAAUUCUGGCUCUGACAACACUUUGUACAAUUUGUUGUUUGGUGCACUCAAACUCAGUCAAGGGAAAAUCAAGACCUUGAUUUUCCAUUACAACUUGUAUCUCACCAAUGAUCAAUUCAUCCACAUGGCUGUUAGGUGUCCACUUGUAAGACGACUAGUCUUUGUAUCGUGGAACCGAAUAAAAAGAAUGGGAAUUCGAAAGGCAAUUAGAGGCUGGAAAGAUCUUGAGUCUAUGACAAUGCCAGGCAUAUAUAAUCCCCGAUAUGUUUUUGAAGAAAUCUCAAAGCAUUGCAAGAACUUUAGAGAACUCAAGGUUAUGGGUUGCAUUGGCAUACAAUUUGCUUAUGCACUCACAAGAUGUCUUCCAAACCUAAAAGUAUUGAGUCUGCGAUGUUCAGGAUUGUCAAAGAGAGCUCUCAUUUUAAUUCUAAAUAAGCUAAAACAUUUGGAAGUGCUCAACAUUUCACAUUCUUGUCAUGUGGAACUCGUUCCAGAUCCUUAUUAUGAGAUUGAAGAGUAUAAGUUUACCGGUGAUAUUGACCCUAUUAUCAUUGAGAAAGCUUCUAGGUUACGUGAGUUUCACACAUGCAUCAAGGAAUCGUGCAUCAUGUGUAAGAGGACAAGAGAUGAUGAUGGGCUUGUUAGGUGGUUCAAGUAUGAGGAAGGGAUUUGGAAACAUGAUGAAGUUAGCUCUCUUGCACUUUGAGAAAACAAAAUAUCGUAUUUUAUAUGCAUGCAAUAAGCUAUUACAUCUUAUGUAAUAUUUGCACUUUGUUAAUCAUUUGAGAUAUUGUUUUGGCCUUAUAGGCAAGGAACAAUUUUAUUUUAUGUACUGUAUGUUAUUUACCUGAG